UAAUUCGCAACCUGGAACUAGACCGCCCGAAACUUCAAGGCCCAAGAAGAAGAAGGAAAAAGUUCGGAAAAAAAUCCCCCAAAAUGCUGAUCAAAGUGAAGACCCUGACUGGAAAGGAGAUUGAGAUAGACAUUGAGCCAACAGACAAGGUUGAGCGAAUCAAGGAGAGAGUGGAAGAGAAGGAGGGCAUUCCUCCACCCCAGCAGCGACUCAUUUUCUCAGGAAAGCAGAUGAAUGAUGAGAAGACGGCAGCAGACUACAAAGUCCAGGGUGGCUCUGUGCUCCAUUUAGUGUUGGCUCUGCGAGGUGGAUGCCCCCAGUGCUAGGAUGACUGUGAUUAUAGGAGAACCCCUUCUCACCCUCUUGCUUGCCAGAGUAAGGAGAAGUAUGUUAGCUCUGCCAGGGACAAGAUCUCAGUCAGAACUGAAUGUGAGCGACAGAGAGUUGUGGUAGCUGAAGCCAGUUUGAUUAGCAAGUGGGAAAGCCUGACUAGGUCUCUCUCUCUCUCUCUCUCUCUCUCUCUCUCUCUCUCUCUCUCUCUCUCUCUCUCUCUCUCUCUCUCUCUCUUUCUUUUCUUUCUUUUUCUUUCUUUCUUUCUUUAAUUUUGUCAAACUGCAGCUUAAGAAAAUGUAGGAUCCCAAAACCACUUUUGACAAUGUCACUUGGGCAUUACAGCUUGCUAAAGAAAGUUAAUCUUUCAAAGUGGAAAUUAUUUUAUAUAAAUACUUGCUAUACACCAACAAGUAAACUCACCAGUGUUAGCACUGAAUGUUAAACCAAUUGAACCUUAAAUUUGAAUAUUUUACUGUUUUUAUGAUAUAUAAUUGUCAGAACCAAUGGACAACUCAUUUAAUUCAACUUCGUAUUCUAUGCAUAUUAAUGAAUUUAUUGUCAGUGGAUACAUUUUAUAGUUAUACAUACAUGCUUUGUAACCAUUAGAUUUUGUAAGAUCCAAGUCUCAUGCUUCACAGUUCAGUUUAUACCUUGGUAGGUAUAAUAAAUUUUCAACCACGUGAAACAUAUUCCAUCGUCAGUGGUUGAAAUAAGCAUAGUCACUUUGCUUCCUUUCCCAUUUCCCUUUCCUGUCCCUUUUGCAGUGUGCUUAUCUUGAGUUACUGUUGUUCGCAGUUGACAAAGAGAACAGUUGCAACCACUGUACUUGAAGAUCGAAAAAAGUAAAUGGAUUUCAGUAAUUUUAUUUAUUCUGUCAGUUACAUUUCAUUUAAUCCCAUCUGAAGAGUUGUACUCAGUGAGUUUUCAAUUGAUGUUCAGUGUGUAUGUCUUCUAAUAUGUUAAGAUAGUCAGGAAUACAAUUUUUUUCUAAA